AUGUCGCGCGAGGAGAGCGGCGGUGGAGGCUUGACCCGUGCAGCCUCGGAGGUGCGGCCCCUGCUCAAGGAGUCGUCACGGCUCGGCGCCCCCGCCACAGCAGCCUCGAGGGGCAAGCCGCUGUGGCCACCGCCGCGGGAGGAGCUGUACGCCAUUGGAGGCUUCUGCGCGGUUUCGCGCGAGCCGCAGCCGCAGCCCGAGGCGCAGGGCGUGACCCGGCUCACAACCGCGGUCGCGGAGGGCAACGGCCUCAACCCGACCUUCGACGAGACCUUCCACUGCCUCGCGGCCGAGCCUCACCAGACCAUCCUCCGCGUUGUGGUGGAGGACGAGGGGCGGCUGGUGGCGUAUGAAACGGCGGUGCUCGGCUCCCUCCGCUGCGGCUACCGCUGCCUGCACCUGCGCUCGCCAAGCGGCACGCGGAUCGACUCGUGCUGCCUCCUGCUGCACAUCUCCGUCUCCACCGAGCCAAACACCUUCGGCACUGCUGAUGAGCUGCGCAGCAUGGUGCAGUCGCAACGCUCGCUCAUCAGCCAGCAGAGCCGCGACAUCCAUCAGCUGUCGGAAGAGCUCUCGCGGCUCGGAAGCCAGCCCUCGACGCCCAUGCUGACUCCGGGCGCCACGCUUACGGCGCUUUACUGA